AUGCCAGAGAACCUGGUUCCGAGCGGAAGUCAGCCGCCGAACCCUUGGAGUUUCAAUAACAAGUAUCCCAUCGACAUCGCCAGGGAACUUGGCAUAGAACCACCACAAAGCCCCUCGCCAAAGCCUGAGAUGAUGCGACACAGUAUUACCAAAACUAGCAGAGUCAAGGCCGAGAAAAGCAAAGGCAAACCAAAAAGGAAUCUCUUGGCAAGAUUUGCAUUGAACAGGCGCGCAAGUAAAGCCAAGGCAAAAAUUGAAGUUGAGAAAGCCGAUCAAGCUGACUACCGUGAUCGAUGGCCUACUGUAACGACGCUAGUGGCUGAACAUUCAGACUCACGCUUUUUCCAGGAUGUUAACGAGCAAACAGAGGAGGAGGCACCGCGGUCUGCGAAAUCAAAAGUCCUUGAAGCUGUUGCCACGCCGAUCGAAUGGCUUGCUGAUCGACUUGGUACUGCAUCAGAGCACAUAGGCCACCAGGUCGAAGUUGCGGACGCUAGAGCACUGAAGAGGGCCAGCGAUAGCUCCAGCAGGAAAGGAUCAACAAGACCUGGUGGUAGUACACAUCCUUAUGACACGGGAGUUGAAAGGCAGCUCCCAAAUAACAUGGCCCAGGAUGAGUCUGAGGCUCAUAUCGAACGUCAGACGGGUCCUAAACCAUCAGGUCGACCUCGUCUGCAGAGCCGUGCACGGCAAAAUCCGGAGGUGGGAGAAAGGGCCCUGGGCGAUGACUUCCUGCCGCCUGUUGACGAUACGCCGACUGCAUUCACGACAGAUGAAGAUACUGUAGGGGUUUCCAAGCCUCGCAGCAAAUGGAGAACUGUUGCUGGUCAUCGUGCCACUGGCUACCCAGGGAAUGAACCAGGACGGAAGCCUGCACGACAAAGCUUCGGAACCCAUGAUGCUUAUGGUAUCAAUAGCGAAGCAAAGGAUCGCUUACGACCUGUACCUACGCAGGAAACCCGCGCACAUUCUGGUGCCGAGCGUCCAGAAGCCAAGCAAGGAGGACGGCUGAUGUCCAAUAGCUAUGCAACGGACGCAACACCGGCUGAACAAGCUGCACAAAAAGGACCGCGCCUCAUCAAGUUUCCUUCUUUCAAUGGCAACAGUCAACGUUCAAAAUCAGUUGUCACGACUCGCCCAGUUCCCACUCCACCUGUGGCCCGUACUCACCACGACAGCGGCCAACGUGUCACCAAGGCUAUGCGAAGCAUGUCCCAUCCUGCACAGAUGCCCCCAGCAGCUGUCAGUUUCGCUCAGAAGCUCGCACCUCUGCCCAUAGAGCCAUCGCCGCCAAAAUCUGGGUUUCUUGGACAAUGGCUCCAGAGUAUGCUUCCGACACCACAAAGUCGGGCCGUCAGCCCCGACGAAUCCGUUGAUGGCCUAGCUCCACUUGACUCACCACAUAUUCAAAUUCGUGACGCACAUCGAGAACGGGGAAGUAACGCGUCGGCCAUUUCGUACGGCAGAGCCAGAUACCGUAAUGGUGAAGCGGUACCAUUAGCGGGUGUCAGAAGGUCAAACGAAGAUAGACCCCAGACAGCGCCUCCAGGCUUGAAGAAAGGCGGGUGGUUCAGGCGCGUGUCUAAACCUUCGCCUCCAGAAACAAUGAGCUGGGUGAGCACAGCGGCUACACAGACCGAAGACCCCCAAAUAUACGAGGCAGACGGCCGUGAAACAGCAGCCAACGGCAACUCCAAGAGGACCAAAGGAGGCAGAGGCGGUCAGACCGGUCAAGUUUGAAUGUGCAAUGGCAGGGGGGAAAAGUCCUGAGGAUCAGUCUGUACACCACGUGGGAAAUGCAAAGAUCAUGGGAUGACCUUGCUCUAUCCAGAAACAAUGACCAAUAUAUGUGAGUAAGUGCACGACUGUUUCUCUGGAUAGUGGAUAGAUGUCUACGAAGCGGAGAGGAUGCGGCAAUAGGGUGCGGUGAGGGGAACGCGGCAGUGUUCCGUUGCGGAUAUGUCCCAGCGCAGUGGAU